AUGACAACCACCACAUCGAGCAGAACUUCAAGUAUUCUAAACUUUUAUACAUUUUCAACCGAUUGCAAUUUAGACGAUGUCAGAAUAUCAUUACAAAGUAGUAGCCAUAGAGAGAUUGUGCCGACAACGUUGUCUUGGAAAAAUAUAAAAAUUACUACAAAUAAAACUGAAAAAGUUAUUAUCGAUAAUGUCAGUGGAAUUGCAAAAUCUGGCGAGCUUAUGGCAUUAAUGGGAGCUAGCGGAGCCGGAAAAACGACUCUAUUAAACGCGUUGAUGUCUAGAAAUAUGAAAGGUUUAGAAUUUGAAGGAUCCGUAGCAGUGAAUGGAAAUGAGGUUGGAGAUGAUAUUUCGCUUCUAUCGGGAUUUGCGCAACAACAGGAAAUUUUUAUUGGAACUUUGACUGUUGAAGAAUAUUUAAGAAAUCAGGCAAAACUACGGAUAGAUGCGGAUGAAUCUGAGCGCUUAGAGAGAGUAGAAACAGUAAUCGCACAUUUGAAUUUGGAAAAAUGUCGCGAUAGUAAAAUUGGAGUACCUGGAAAAGUGAAAGGAAUAUCAGGAGGUGAAGCAAGAAGGUUGACAUUUGCAUGUGAAAUGUUGUCAAAUCCUUCCCUUCUAUUCGCCGAUGAACCGACAUCGGGUUUAGAUUCAUUUAUGGCUGAAAAAGUAAUAAAGCUCCUGUUAAAUAUUACUCGAGAAGGACGAACUGUAGUUUGUACUAUUCAUCAACCAGCUUCACAGCUUUACUUCAUGUUUGACAAGGUUAUGUAUCUCGCUCUUGGUAAAUGUGCAUUUAUCGGAACGCCAAAAGAUUCACUUGAUUUUUUCGCCAUGUGCGGUUACCCAGUUCCACCUGGUUUCAAUCCACCUGAAUGGAUUAUGGAGAAACUGGCAAUAGAGCCUGGAAAUGAAAUUCAAAGCGAAAAUAGAAUAUCAAAGAUUGUUGAACUAUUUAAUCAAAGUUCCUAUGCCGCCGACGUGAAUACCGCCCUGAACAAUGUUUCACCAACAGCUCUACCGCCAAAGUGUGAUAAUAUGGGAUUUUUAACAGAAACUAGUGCUUUAUUUUAUCGUGCUGGAAUCGAUGUUAUCAGAAAUCCUGGCCAACUCAGAAUAAAGAUCGUGCAAAGAGUGGUCAUGGGAUUAUUCGUCGGAACUUUGUACUUCCAGCUUCCAUUCACCAGAAAAGGUGUUCAAAAUCUAAAUUCAGCUCUUUAUUUUGUACUCGCCGAACUCACGUUUUCUACAAUGUUUGGAAUCAUGAAUUUUUUGGAGCACGAACUUCCUCUGAUUUGUAGAGAGUAUCAUGACGGCCUCUAUUACAUCGUGAGCUACUAUAUUUCUCGUUGCCUCUCUUAUAUUCCAUUGUACAGCAUGGACGGAACAUUGCUAAUUCUAAUUAUCUAUUGGAUGAUUGGUCUAUCAUCCAGUGUAGAACAGGUAUUCACAUGUCUAUUGAUAGGAGUGCUCGUUGAGCAAUCGGCAACUUCGUUCGCAAUUUUCAUUUCGUGCGUGUUUGGUUCAUCGGCGAUGUCAAUUGCGAUCGCAGUACCUUGUGUGAGCUUUUUCGCAUUGAUGAGUGGAAUGUUUGGCAACACGGAGCAAAUGCCAUGGUACAUAAAAUGGAUGCAAUGGACAAGCUUUUUGAGAUAUGCAUAUGAAGGAUUCGUUGUUAACCAAUGGUCAAGUCAUUCAGAUCCGCGUUACUCAGAUUUUUAUCGAGACAAGAUUCUUGACCAAUACAAUUUCAAACCAUCAAUGCUUAGUACCGAUUUGAUCGGCCUUUCAGUAACCGUCGCAAUUUGUUAUCUACUCGGCUUCAUAGCAAUAUUUAUUCGAAUAAAAUCAUCGCGAUAA